UUUCGAUUCCCAAUCUGUGGUCCGUCUGGGCCAAUCUGGAGACACCCUUUGAGGUGACUCAUCUGGGGGAUUUCGAUUCCCAGUCUGUGGUCCGCCCGGGCCAAUCUGGAGACACCCUGUAAGGUGUCUCAUUUGGAGUGAAACUGAUGCGUAUGCAUGUGAAUGAAGUGGCCGGCCUGAUUGUUUUGUGUGUCGUGGGUGCUGUGUUAGGUUAUUUGUUGUACCGCGCUUGCGUUAACCGCCCUGUGACAAUAGAACGUCAUGGGACAGUCGACCUCAUCCCCAUUGUCCCUCACCCUCGACCAUUGGUCGGAGGUGCGGAAGAGGGCUCACGAUCUCUCCUUGCAGGUCAAGAAGAGUAAGUGGCAGGAUUUCUGCUCGACUGAGUGGCCUGCUUUCUCUGUGGGGUGGCCACCAGAGGGGACUUUUCAUCUGCCCCUCAUUCUAGCAGUUAAGGACGUCAUCUUCCGCCCCGGACGAAGGGGGCACCCUGAUCAAGUCGCUUACAUCCUGGUAUGGCAGGACCUCAGGGAGGAACCCCCAUUAUGGGUAAAAUCCUUUCUUCCCCCUUCUGACUCAUCUGUACCAAAGCUUUUAGCUCUGAAAGGACCUCCCACUUCGGCUCCGGUCCUGCCCGAGUCUCAGCCUGAUCUACCCUUACUCGACUAUGACCAGCCUCCUCCUUCUCAGCCGACUCAACCUCCCCCGUACCCACUCUCUCCUCCAGCCUCCUCGUCCGAAUCGAGUGCUGCUUCUCCGUCAGCCCCCUCUUCACCUGAGCUAAAUUCCUCUUCUCCUCCGGUACCCACGUCCCCUCUAUAUCCCCCACUCCCUGCGAUGGCUUGCCCCGAGCCCACACCUCCGGGGCCCACGGGCCCAGCCCAGAACACUCGGAGCAAGCUACGGCCUGAGGAUCCAGUCGUUGCCCUCCCUCUCCGUCCCUAUGGGCCCAUGAUAGACGAUGGGACAGAUGGAGGGCAGAUGCCCGCUUUACAGUACUGGCCUUUUUCUACCUCAGAUCUCUAUAACUGGAAAAACAAUAACCCUCCUUUUUCUGAUGAUCCUUCUAAGCUAACAGGUCUAAUGGAUUCUGUUAUGUUCUCCCACCAACCCACAUGGGACGACUGUCAACAGCUCCUAGGGGUCCUGUUCACCACCGAGGAAAGAGACCGCAUCCUCCUGGAAGCCCGGAAAGCUGUUCCCGGAGAGGAUGGCAGACCCACCCAGAGACCAGACCGGAUCGAUGACUUCUUCCCCUUAAAGCGCCCCAACUGGGACCCCAACUCACCUGCUGGUAGGCAGCAUCUUUCUAUCUAUCGCCAGACUCUAAUGGCAGGUCUCCGGGCGGCCGCAAGGCGCCCCACUAAUCUGGCCAAGGUAAGAGAAGUUACCCAAGGACCUACUGAGACUCCCUCAGUUUUUCUAGAACGCCUGAUGGAAGCUUACCGGCGAUAUACGCCUUUUAACCCUGAGGAGGAAGGCCGAAAAGGCUCGAUAGCUAUGGCCUUUAUAGGACAAUCGGCCCCUGAUAUAAGACGUAAGCUCCAAAGGCUAGAUGGUCUCCAAGACCUGACUCUGAGGGAUCUUGUUAAGGAAGCUGAAAAGGUCUACUAUAAGCGGGAGACAGAGGAAGAGAAAGAGUUAGCUAGGGACAAAAGACGAAACAAGGAAUUAACUAAGAUGUUGGCCACAGUUAUUCAGGGAAAACCUGAGCCAGGAAAGGGAAAGCCCACUCGCCCUCCAUUAGACCCUGAUCAAUGUGCAUAUUGUAAGGAAAAAGGACACCUGAUCAAAGACUGUGAAAAGUUAAAAAAGAAACGGGCCAAAGAAGAACGAGAAAGACAGUCCUCACAGUGAUCCCGAGCCCCCAUGCUCGCCCUAGAUGAAGAAGACUAGGGACUUCGGGGCUCGGAUCCCCUCCCCGAGCUCAGGGUAAUGUUUAAAGUGGAGGGGACUCCCGUGGAAUUCGAGGUCGAUACGGGAGCUGUUUAUUCGGCCUUACAAGCCCCCUUAGGGGCCCUUUCAACUAAGAAAUCAUUAGUUCAAGGGGCUAACGGGAGCAAAUAUCGCUCGUGGACCACUGAGCGCACAGUUGACUUAGGCAAGGGAAAAGUAAAACACUCCUUUCUGGUUAUUCCCGAAUGUCCUGCUCCCCUCCUGGGACGGGACUUAUUAACCAAACUGGGGGCAAAGAUUUCCUUUGAGCCCCAAGGACCUCAAGUAACAUUCCGUAACCCAAAGGUUGGGCAACCUAUGGUUACGGUGUUAUCUCUAAAACUGGAAGAUGAAUAUAGGCUCUACGACCACCAGGAUCCCCAGCCUAUCGCCCCAGCCUGGCUAACUGAUUUUAAAGAAUCCUGGGCCGAGAUGGCUGGACUUGGGCUGGCAAGCCAGCAACCGCCUGUAGUGGUUACUUUAAAAACCACUGCCUCCCCUAUUCGGGUCAAGCAAUAUCCCAUUAAUAGAGAAGCUCACCUAGGGAUUAAGGUGCACAUACAGAGACUUUUAGACCAAGGGGUAUUAACUCCUUGUCGGUCUGCAUGGAAUACUCCGUUACUCCCGGUCAAAAAGCCCGGGACGAAUGACUACAGACCGGUACAGGACCUAAGGGAGGUCAAUAGCAGGGUAGAAGACAUUCACCCCACCGUACCCAAUCCCUAUAAUCUCCUCAGCGGGUUAAAUCCGUCAAGGACUUGGUAUACUGUUCUGGAUUUAAAGGAUGCCUUUUUCUGUUUGCCUUUACACAAAGAUAGCCAGCCCUUAUUUGCAUUUGAAUGGACGGACCCUGAGACUGGGUCCGCCGGACAACUAACCUGGACGCGCCUCCCACAGGGCUUCAAAAACAGCCCAACCAUCUUUGAUGAAGCCCUACAUAAGGAUUUAGCCCCCUUUCGGGCUCAACACCCAAGCCUCACCCUUCUUCAAUAUGUAGAUGACUUGCUGCUGGCUGCGGACUCUGAGGGUGACUGCACAAGCGGAACUCAGGACCUUUUACGUGAGUUGGCUAUCCUGGGGUAUAGGGCAUCAGCAAAAAAGGCUCAAAUUUGUAAGCGAGAGGUAAUUUUUCUGGGCUACUCCUUAAAAGGGGGACAAAGGUGGCUCACUGAGGCCAGAAAACAGACUGUGGUCCAGAUUCCCCCUCCAAAGAGUCAAAAACAAUUACGAGAGUUCCUGGGCACUGCGGGGUUCUGCCGGUUAUGGAUCCCCGGAUUCGCAACUUUGGCAGCUCCCCUAUAUCCGUUACUGAAGGGGGGAUCUCCCUUUAUCUGGAAAAAAGAUCACCAGCAGGCCUUUGAUGCCAUCAAGCGGGCUCUCCUGUCCGCUCCGGCCCUGGCUCUUCCUAAUGUGGAUAAGCCCUUUACUCUCUUCAUGGAAGAAAAAAAAGGAAUAGUGAGAGGAGUGCUGACCCAGGCCUUUGGGCCAUGGAGGCGUCCGGUGGCUUACCUCUCAAAAAGACUGGACACUGUGGCAAGCGGGUGGCCACCCUGCCUAAAGGCCAUCGCAGCGGCUGCCUUGCUCAUUAAAGACGCUGACAAAUUGACUUUGGGACAGAAAAUAACAAUCAUUGCCCCGCACACGCUAGAAAGCAUCAUCCGCCAGCCUCCAGACAGGUGGCUCUCAAAUGCCAGAGUUACUCAUUAUCAGAGCCUCUUGCUCAACAAGGACAAGAUAACUUUUGGACCCCCGGUGACUCUCAACCCGGCGACCCUGCUGCCGGAAGAAGCUUCGGAACCCGUCCUCCAUACCUGCCAGGACGUCUUGGCGGAAGAGGCCGGAGUACGACCGGACUUAUUGGAUUGCCCCCUACCCAAUGCAGAGGUGACCUACUUCACUGACGGGAGUAGCUUUUUGAUUCAAGGUAAGCGGUAUGCGGGGGCGGCUGUGACUGAUUAUUCCAAUGUUAUAUGGACAGCCAGACUAGAGGACGGGUCCUCGGCCCAAAAGGCCGAACUGAUUGCUUUGACUAAGGCUCUAGAGCUCGCUAAAGGAAAGCGAGCGAACAUUUACACGGAUAGCCGAUAUGCUUUUGCAACGGCCCACAUCCACGGGGCCAUAUACCGCCAGCGGGGGCUUCUGACCUCCGCAGGAAAAGAAAUAAAACACAAACAGGAAAUCCUCCAGUUGCUCGCUGCAGUUAUGUUGCCCCAGAAGGUGGCGAUAAUACACUGUAACAGCCACCAGAAAGGGACUGAUCCCGUCACAAGGGGAAACAACCUGGCCGAUCAGGCAGCAAAAUCUGCAGCCAUGGGAGACUCACAGAUGUUGGUGACUGAUGUCAAAGAUUCUCCUCAAAAGGAGAAAGCUCAGAUUAACCAAACCCCUAAAACACCUGAUUUGACUGCUUACAUACAACAGGCCCACCGGCUCACUCAUUUGGGAGCUAAAAAGCUAAGCCUACUGGCCCAACGCCAAGACUUCCCAGGGGCAUCCCCCACUGCCAUACGUCAGGUCGCCAAUUUUGUAGACACCUUUUCUGGAUGGACUGAGGCUUUUCCUACCAAAAAGGAAACCGCUGCCGUGGUAACAAAAAAAUUGAUGGAAGAAAUAUUUCCCCGGUUCGGAUUGCCAAAGGUAAUAGGGUCUGAUAAUGGACCGGCGUUUGUGGCUAAGGUAAGUCAGGGACUGGCCAACAUAUUGGGGAUUGAUUGGAAAUUACAUUGUGCUUAUAGACCCCAAAGUUCAGGACAGGUAGAGAGAAUGAAUAGAACUAUUAAAGAGACCCUCACUAAAUUGGCUCAUGAGACUGGCUUAAAAGAUUGGACGAUGCUCCUGCCGUAUGCCCUUUUUCGCGCGCGAAACACCCCGUCCACCAAACCCCCUAACCUUACUCCCUUCGAAGUCCUUUUUGGCACUCCACCCCCCAUUCGAGAUCUCACUCCCUUAACUGAGCAUGCUGCCUUGUUGCCAACCUCCCUGUCUGACAGGCUCAUCGCCCUUGACAACCUGCAGAGGGACGUGUGGACGCAGCUAGCCUCGGCCUAUGCUCCCAGUGAGUUCCCCGCGCCACAUCCGUACCAGGUGGGAGACUUUGUGUUCGUCCGGCGCCACCAACAAGAGACUCUACAGCCUCGCUGGAAAGGACCGUAUCAGGUCCUAUUGACUACUCCUACAGCGGUAAAGGUUGACGGAGUCGCCUCUUGGAUCCACGCGUCACACCUAAAGCCUGCCUCGGCACCAGUGGACGGCUCCUGGGAACUCAAACGGUCUGAUAACCCCCUGAAGCUAAAGUUGCGCCGAAGGACCCCCUGAGAUUAUUCAGAGUACUACCCUUAUGUGUCCCUCUAAGAUGACCCGUAUGGGACCCCAGACUUUAACCCUCCGGGCUCUA